AUGCCCGUCUCCGUCGUCCGCGUGUCGGUGCACCGCGCGCGGGAGCUGAGGUCCUCGAGCUCCGUCUUGGUCCGCAGCCCGGACUCGCACGUGAGGCUGCAGGUCGGGAGCCAGCACAUGCGGACGAAGACCGUGCCCGGCCGGGACCCCGUGUGGGCCUCGUCCUUCGACGGCGUGGUCUACGACGCGCGGCAGCACGUCGACAUCAAGGUCCUCGACACCGACUUCACGGGCAGGUCCUACGUCAUCGGCAAGAUCAACAAGGUUCCCGUGGCCCAGGUCGUAGACAAGGGGAAGGCCCACGGCGUCUGGAUGCAGCUGCAUGGCACUCCGGGCAGGGCCAACAGCGAGGUCUUCGUCACCGCCACGGUCUUCGACCUCACGGAGGACCCCUCGCGGCUGCCGCCGCAGGUGCUGGCGGCUUCGGCGGAGAAUGAGUUCUCGCUGGCCUCGCAGCCCACUCACUUCAUUACCGUCGCAGGCACGGACCUUGCAGACGGUGAGGACGGCGAGGAGGAGGAGUCGGAGGGCGAUGACGGGGCGGAGUCGGACGACGCGGCCGAGGAGGGCGCGGGGCAGCGGGCCGCGGGGCAGACGGCGAACUCGGUGGCCCUGCUUGUGUGCACGCUGUACGGGGGCCAGAUGCCAGAAGAGGUGGGGAAGCCGUCGGAGGUGGACGUGAAGGUCGCCUUCGGCGAGGCCGCGUCGCUACAGCGCUGCAGGGCGCCGGACGAGGGGUCGGAGGGAACGCUCAGCAGGAAGACCUUCAAGGCCGUGGAGUUCCUCGCCACCCGGGGCUCCACCGCGGAGGAGGUCGCCGAGCUGCUGGACGAGAACGUCGAGGACGUCAGAAAAGCCAUCCGGAGGAUCACGUGCAACUUCCGGGCCCAGCAGAAGAUCUGUUUGUUGCUGCAGCCCAACGACUUCAGGGACUCGCGUUCGAUCCACUUCUUCGUGCAGACGACGUCGAAGAAGAAGGUGCUGGCGACGGGCAAGCUCGAGAUGUCCACGCUGAUCGACAGCGGGAGGUACGACGGCCAGGUGGACUGCGUGGCCGGCGGUGGCGGCCGCAGGAUCGUGAAGCUGCACGUGGACCUGAGGCUGUUCGCGCUGGUGCGCCACGACGCGCACCAGCCGCGGCGCGACUCCUCCCAGGUGGCUUCCCAGACGCCCGUGCCCGACGGCAUCCGUGCGGAGCUGCGUGGGUCGCCCAGCUCCCCCCGGUCGGCCUCGAAGGGGGGCGGCAAGGAGGCCCGCGGCAUCAGGCGCUCGGUCUCGAGGGGAGAGAACAAGGAGGCGACGCCCCUGUCGGCGGCGGAGUGA